CUAUCCAUGUCUGUAGUCUGUGGUCCAGAGAGUAGCUAACCUCAAAAAUGUUUGGGAUAACCAAAAUUCAAUUUUUCAAUUCAAAUUUAAAAGUAUUAAGUACUAUUAUUCAACAAAAUGGCAUGUCACAAUACCCUAAUUACUAUAUUAAACCUAUUUAUAAGAAAGACAGCCAAGAAGAACUCAUUAAAAGUGGUGAAAUUAAAAAGUUAAGUCAUUUACCCACAAGAGCAGCGUUAGCAGAUCAAACUAGUAGCUUUUCUAAUGAUCCGUUAGCCAACCUUCUGAUUAACUAUUGUAUGAGAGAAGGGAACAAAAUCCUUGCAAGAAAUUUAGUAGAACAAUGUUUUGAGAAUAUAAAACGUUUACAGUUGGAAAAAUACCAUAAAACUACAAACGAAGAAGAUAAACAUCAAAUAGAUCUUGAUCCUAAAAGUAUUCUUCAUAAAGCCAUUGAAAAUUGUAAACCAAUACUUCAACUAACACCAAUAAAAAGGGGUGGAGUAAGGUAUCAAGUACCUGUGCCAAUAACUGAUAAAAAAGCACAGUUUAUAUCAAUGAAAUGGCUAAUAGCAGCAGGUCAAGAAAAAGAAAGUACUGUAAGAUUCAAUUUACAAUUAGCAAGAGAACUUAUAGAUGCAGCAAAUAAUACUGGUAGAGUCAUAAAGAAAAAACAAGAUCUUCAUAGACAAUGUGAGGCAAACAGAGCUUAUGCUCAUUAUAGGUGGAGUUAAAUGUACUCUUUUGUAAUUAUAAUUACUUUUUAGUUGUUUAUUUUUUUUUCUAGAUUUCCUUUAAUAUUUGAAUAACUAGCUGAAUUAUAAUUCUUUUGAAUCAUGAGUUUCUAAUAUUGUAAAAAUAUAUUUAUAUUUAAACAAUUUUCAUAAACAACAAAAGUGCAGCAUUGAAAGAAUAGUGAUGUGAUGUUUUUCUGUAUACAAGGUGUCCCGAAAUUAGACGGUCAUAUUUUAACAGCGUAAUCUACAUCCUAAAUUAGAAGUAAAAGUUCAUAAAAACAUACGUGCUAAAACGUUUCGUUUUCGAGAUACAGGGUGUUAAAAGUGAAGUCCUGAUGGCACAUUUUUGUAAAUAUUUUCUAAAAUUUCUUUAGUCACCGGUUUUCCAAAAGUAAAAAAAAAAUCAAAUUUCUGAUUCCACAGGCCUACUAAUUAUUGUUUACACUUUCGAAUAAGAUAACAACUUAUCAUGAAAUUUUCAAAUGCUUUUCUCUUGAAAAUGGUGCGUCCUAGCGAGAUACAACAAAAACAGCUUUAUUAUAAAGAAUAUAUUGGUUUUUCAAAUUUUGUAGUCAAAAAUUUUAAAAUCAGUCAACAAAAAACUUAGGACAAUUUAACCCUAAGCCCCUCCCUUAAUUUACCCAACUAUGAAGAUGAUCAAUACUGGCGUUUAGUCCAUUAAAUAGAGCGAAAAAAGUUAAGCAUUUGUACCAAAUUUCACUUAGUUAUCUUUAAAAGUUUAGAAAGUACAAGACUGUGUCAUCAGGACUUCACUUUUAACACCCUGUAUCUCGGAAACAAAACAUUUUCGGACCUAUGUUUAUACAGGGUGUAACUAAAUAAGUGUAAAACAUUUAAGGGGGUGAUUCCUCAUCGAAAAAAAGAUAGGAUCUUUCAUAUAAAGAAAAUUCAUUGGAGCAUCCCUUGUUAAGAUACAGCCCCUUAAAGGGGGUACAUAAAAUUUGUUUAACAAUUUUUUUCACAAGCACUAAACAAGUUACAAUAUUGAAAUUAACCUGUCAUUUUCUACUACCAAAAAAGACACUUACCCAGUAAUUUAUUUGGUUUACCCCAUGGUUGUAAGGGGUGGAAAACGCAACCCUAAAAUUUCGUUCCAACGUAACUUUUUGUCUAAUUAUUUGUGUACCAUUUAUUUCCGAUAGCCUGUUUCAUUCUAAACAUAAAAUGUAUCUUGAAUUUUUUGCCCAAAAUAAACCAGUUCGCAGCAAAAAAUUAUUUUACGAACAAGAUAGAUAUCGCCAUAAAACGAAAAUACGAAACUAAUUUAUCUAGUAGGCUGCUAUUAGGGGGUAAACCAAAUAAAUUACUGGCUAAGUGUCUUUUGGGUAGUAGAAAAUAUCAGGUUAAUUUCAAUAUUGUAACUUGUUUAGUGCUUGUGAAAAAAAUUGUUAAACAAAUUUUAUGUACCCCCUUUAAGGGGAUGUAUCUUAACAAGGGAUGCUCCAAUGAAGUUUCUUUAUAUGAAAGAUCCUAUCUUUUUUUCGAUGAGGAAUCACCCCCUUAAAUGUUUUACACUUAUUUAGUUACACCCUGUAUAAACUUUUACUCCUAUUUUAGAAUGUAGAUUACGCUGUUAAAACAUGAACGUCUAAUUUCGACGUAGACACCCACUAAGAACGGAUUUUAUAAACAUCACAUUAUAAGGGGCGGAAACGGGGGGAGAAAGUUUGAAGGUAGUAUCGAAUUAUUUAACGGCAGGAACUUGAAAAUUGGAAAUCUACCUACUCAUUAUAAACAAAUGAUGACGUAAUACAAUGUUUUGGAUUUUUACAUUUUAACGGGGUAAACUGGGGGGGUGAACGUUUGUAUAGGAGUAUAGAUUUUUUUAAAGGUAGGAACUCGAAAAUUGGAAAUCUAGCUACUUAUCAUAAAUAAAUGAUGACGUAAUACAAGGUUUUAGAAUGCUUUUAUUUUAAGGGAGGAAACGUUUGUAUGGGAG